AGUGAUGGGCCCUGAUGCAGAGGCUGCAGAGGUGCCCCAGGUCAGGCUUGCCAGGCAUUAACCCCUGUCAAUAAUUGCUGUCUGGGCUGUAUCAAAUAUCACAGCUCUGGGGGGCCGUGCCCUGGGCAGUGUAAAAGGACAGAUUUUGGGCCUCUUGAGCCCUUGCUGUGAUGGAAAACCUGCACUCGAGGCUUUCUAACAAACAUCUUCAUAAUACUUAACAUUCACUGGAGUAAAAGGAGAGUAAUGAGCACUGCAGCCAUCCCAGGUCAGUAAUUACCACCGUCAUUAUUAAUUUUCCAGAGCAAUCUCGUCAAAUGAGUCAUUAUUAUCUCAAUUCCUUAGCCAGCACUGAUUGAUUCUUUCUCCCUGUUGUGACUAAUUCCAUAUAAUGUCAGAGUACAAUAUAGAACUAUAGAGCCAGUGUAAUUCCACUGCACAAUAACUCCAAAUAACCAAAUCUCUUGCCUACAGCUCUGUUUAGAUCUGAUGCUUUAUGGUACUUAAUUGAAAUAAAUACCCCAAUCCUGUCAGUCCCCACUCUCCACAGUCACUGGGAUUGUACUGGAGACAGGGAUUCAUGUCAGCCUGGGAUCUGCCCUGUGUGUCCUUGGCACCAGCCAGGAGCUUCCCAGCACCUUGAGGAGCAGCAUGGCAUGGUCUGGGGUGAAUGACGUUCACGUUGCUGAGCGUUCUGGAUGCCCAGUUGGGAUAUUGGUUCUCCCACCUCCACAAUUCCCUUCCCAACCUGUGGUUCAGCUGCCAAGGAUAUUCUGUACAACUCAAAGCAUGAGAGAACCCACCUUGUUUCAGGAGCAUGAGGAGGUUUGUCAGCUCCUCUCCAUUAGAACCCCAAGGCACUCAGAGCUGGAGAUGAAAAGUGAAGAUGAGAUGAAAGGAUGGAAAUUACCAUGCAGGACUGUGAAUGCUGGAGAAACCUGCAGAUAUCCACAAGCUCUCCCCAGAUGCACCUUCAGGGAUGGGAUGAGCAGGAAAGUGAGGACAGGGAAGAAACCAGAAAGCCCAAAUAGGAGUUUCCAAGAGUGAUUCAUGGAGUAAGAGAAUUUUUGUCCCCGAGAAUAAGGUUAUAUCUCGGUGAGCUGACAUUCCAGAGGGCCCCCCUGCCAGAAGGGCCGUCUCAGGCGCUGUGGGGAGGAGGAUCCAUCAACCUGCCAUGGCUGGGAAAGUGUCACUAAAAGGGGGUGACUUUAAUGGCCAAAGCACAAUUCAAACCCAGCCAUCCUUGAUGUGAUACAGCUUUUCAACUGGGCAAACCACUCUGCCUUGCAGGAGCUUCAACCACAGCUUUAUUCCUUUAAAUGGAACGAUUUUUGAAUCAAAAGCAUUAAUAAUCAGCCACUGUCACUCACCUGUUCUCCCUGCUGGUGCCAUGAGGAAUCUGCUCCUUUUACCUCUAGGAAGAUGCAGGACCAGAGCAUUCACUGGACAUCCCCUUUUGCUUGAAGGUAAUUACCCCUAGGAAGGAGCUGUGAUGGUUUGAAAACAUCUGUUUCUUUUUGGAAUCCGUGUACAUCUGCCCUUAAACAAGAACACACAGACACAACAAAACUCUCUGCUGAGAGCUGAUUUGAUGCCAGCUAAAUAUCCAGGUGGUACUCUGAAGGUGCAGGUAAUCAAAUUCCUGGAGCAUCUUGUGCAGAAUGAUGCAGUGAUGCAACACUCAGUGCCACCACUGAAGAAGUUGGGGAAUGAGAUUUCAGCCCAAGAAAUGGAGAAAGCCAAAGUAAGCAGCCUGCAAAGAGAGUGUGCUCAGUUUCUACUAAGCAGAGAGUGAGGAAGAAGAUGACAAUGAAAUGGAAGUGGAAGACCAAGAUAGCAAAGACACAGAAAAGCCAAAUGUCAUUAAUUUUGAUACCAGCUUGCCCACAUCACAUAUGUACUUAGGCUCGGACAUGGAGGAGUUCCACGGCCGGACGGUGCACGACGACGACAGCUGCCAGGUGAUCCCGGUGCUGCCGCACGUGAUGGUGAUGCUGAUCCCGGGGCAGACGCUGCCCCUGCAGCUCUUCCACCCGCAGGAGGUCAGCAUGGUGCGCAACCUCAUCCAGAGGGACAGGACCUUCGCCGUGCUGGCCUACAGUAAUGUACGUGAAAGGGAAGCACAUUUUGGAACAACAGCAGAAAUCUAUGCCUACAGAGAAGAGCAGGAAUAUGGAAUUGAAACAGUCAAGGUGAAGGCAAUAGGAAGGCAGAGGUUCAAGGUGCUUGAAAUAAGAACACAGUCAGAUGGGAUCCAGCAGGCCAAAGUGCAGAUCCUCCCGGAGCGAGUGCUGCCCUCCACCAUGGCAGCAGUGCAGCUGCAGUCCCUCAGCAGGUGCCACGUGGUGCCCUGUGCCAAGCCCUCCUCCUGGCAGGACAGAGCUAUACGCCAGUGGUGGCAGAAGUAUCAGAAGAGGAAGUUCCACUGUGCCAGUUUGACAUCCUGGCCUCCCUGGCUCUACUCUCUGUAUGAUGCUGAAACCUUGAUGGAAAGAGUCAAGAGGCAGCUACAUGAAUGGGAUGAAAACCUCAAAGAUGAAUCUCUUCCAACAAACCCAAUAGAUUUUUCUUACAGAGUUGCUGCCUGCCUGCCCAUUGACGAUGCUUUACGUAUCCAGCUGCUUAAAAUAGGCAGUGCUGUGCAGAGGCUCCGCUGUGAGUUAGACAUCAUGAACAGAUGUACAUCUCUCUGCUGUAAGCAAUGCCAAGACACAGAAAUAACUACCAAGAAUGAAAUAUUCAGCUUAUCCCUGUGUGGCCCCAUGGCAGCCUACGUGAAUCCCCACGGAUACAUCCAUGAAACCCUCACUGUGUACAAAGCCUGCAAUCUGAACCUCAGUGGACGGCCCUCGACAGAGCACAGCUGGUUCCCCGGCUAUGCCUGGACCAUAGCCCAGUGCAGGAUCUGUGGGAGCCACAUGGGCUGGAAGUUCACGGCCACCAAGAAGGAGAUGUCCCCCCAGAAGUUCUGGGGGCUGACACGCUCCGCUCUCCUGCCCCGCAUUCCAGAGGGGGACGAGGACUCCGACCACGAGGGCUCCCCCAUCCUCUGCCUGUGAGCUGUCACCUCCUGCAGGGCCUUGGCCAGGGCUCCCUCAGGUGCAUCUGCUCAGUUCUGCUUCUGAUGCUUCCUUAGACCUGAAAACCCCCGAACCCACAGGCACAGUCCCCAGUCCAAGGAAACAGGCAGUGUGGGAGUGCUCUGCGUCCGUGUUGCUGUUCCUCAGGAACACUGAGACUGAAGCUGAGUCCUUGAAGGGAGAGCUGAGGAGAGGAGAUGGCUUGAGACACUAAGGAGUGAUGGUCCCACUGGACAGAAACGGGAGACACCAAGAAAUCUCUGAUCCGUGUGGCCAGACUUGAGGCUGAACUUCCUCCGUGUAUAAUCCCCACCUGCAGUGAAGGAAGAUGGGCAGGACUAAAUCCCAAAUAACCAGAGUCUGAUUUAUGCAAUAUCCCCGGGAUGGUAGAUACAAGUUAUUUGCUGCAGAGUAUUUUCCAUAACACACUUACAGGUGGUUUUGCUGAAAUCCCUGUUUCUAACUCAGAAGUACUUCAGGUUUUUCUGCUUGUGCUGUUUCUGAGAUAUUUGCUGAAUAACCACAGAAGAGAGAACGAGGCUAUUUCUGACUGAUCUAAGUGUUGGUGGCACUGCUGGAAUGGGCAAAAGCAGGAGCUGCUGCUGCCUCACGGGAUGGAACCCAUGGGAGGUGUUUGUUCCUUACCAGUUGUCUGAUCUAUUUAGUCUCUUUGACUUUAGAAGUCUUAAAUUUUAAAUUGUUUUUAAAAAAAUACACAGGUCAGUCCCAGGGCAGAAACAUCAUUGUCAUUUGCUGUUGAAUGUGCUUCAGUUACUUGUCAAAACUGCUACUGGAAAGGUUUACCAGCAGAGGUAUCCAGAAUUCUGGGAAGGACUCUCUAAAACACGCCACUGAGCGGAUUUUUUAGGAGUAUUUAUCGUGACAGGGGGGAGGCAACAUCUCUUUAAUGAUUUUUUCUUUUGCACUUACAGAUCAUAAAGUAAAAUCCCACAUUAUCACCUUACAAAGAGGAAAAGUUUCCAAAUAAAACAAAUGAAGGCAGAGUGUUUUGAGGGAGAUUGUUUUUGGGUAGGUCUUUGUUUUAGUUUUGGUGGGGUUUUUUUGUCUGUGCUCCAGAAAUCAGGUGCCAAACUGAGGCAGCUUUUGCCACUGGUUUAUUGGGAAGGUUUUCCCUCAGAAUUCACUUUGGUGAUGGAAGCUGGAGAUUUCUCCCUAUGUUGGUGCACAUACUCACUUGUUUUUCUUGUGAAGCUUCAUCAUUCACGCUUUAUUUCUUCACUUGCUGAAUACAGUGACACAAAACUACUUUGGGUUUAGAACACAGGGUGUGAGUUGCUGAUGUAGCAAGGACAGAGCACUUCAGCUGAGGGCCAGGUAAGUCCAAGCUUGUCCCACAGGGAGCUGAUUUCUGUGGGAGGGGGAUCCCUGCAGCUGGAAAGCCCCAGGUGUGACCCUGCAGGACGCUGAGAGGUGUUUGUCAUGCCAGGUAUGUAGGAACUGAUGAUUGUUUGUGCAACUCAGGUUUAGUUCUUUGAAGCUUCAACCUCUGUGCUUCUGGGAUCCCUGAGGGGAUGGGCAAGGGGGUUUUCCAAAGGAUUUUCUCAACUAUCAGUGAACUUCAUAAGGUCUUUGGGUUUUUACCGAGUCUUUUGGAUUGUCUGAACUAAAAAUGUUGUCAUGUUGGCAAUGUUUGAAUCCAAAAUAGGCAUAUUUUGGGGAUUGUGUGUACAUAAUCAAAUGUGAACUAAUAUAAUACAGGUAAGUCAGGAAUAAAAUUAGCAGUAAUUUAAUUUCCUUGUUGGUGAUGCUGCUCCAUCUGCCUGACCUGUGUGAUGUUUGCCAUGUGGAGGUCCAGGACACUUUCCAAGCUGAAAAUGAGUGUGAUGUUGCUGAUGAAUCCUGCCAUGAAUCCAGUACAGUGAUUGAGCAGAGUGUACAGGACGUGGCUUCCAGGGUGGGUGGGGAUUUGGGGAUGGUUCUGUACAUUGGUUCAUGUUUUCUGGGCUUUUCUCUGUUAUUAAGAGAAAACUCUUAGGUUGGGAUUAUGGGAAGUGGUUACAAGUAUGGACAUGGUGUGCUUUGAGAGCUAAAGCAAAGGAAGUGACACUUUAUGAUCAUUUACUACAUUUACUCCAUUCCUUGGUUGUAGCUUCCUGCAGGAAUUAAUCCAGUGGCUGCUGCCCCAGGGGAUCAUUUUUCUCCUCCCCUGCCCUGAGAUGUGGGAACAGCGCUGUGGAAGGGCUGGUGUGUCUGGGGAGGGGAGGGGGUGGGAUGUGCACCCUGUGGGACAGAGGAGUGUCCUGCAGGGCUGAUGGAUCACAGCACGUGGAGCACAGACCCCUUUCCACGCUGUCACUGCACCAUCACAAUCAGAGCCUGUAAUAUUGCAAUUUUCAUGUGUUUAAUUUUGAUUAAUAGGUAGAACCACAUAGGCCACUGGCACACUGGGUCUGAAACAUGUUCAGAUGCUCUUUGUUUUAUAAUAACACUCUUUUUGUACGUGCUGCAGUUCAUUUGUUCCUCUCACUGUCACCUUGAAUUGCUCUGUGAGGCUGCUGAGGGGCAGCCCUGGCUCCUCUCUAACUCCUCCUCUCUCUGCCUUUUGGGACAACUUUUCUGACAAAUCUUGUUGCUUGCAAACAUUUGCAAAAAGAAUAAAAUUCAAUUUGUUUCGAAA